CACUGGUGUUAAACAGUUAUGGGGACUCGUUUUUAUAUUUUACUUAUGUUAAUAGGCGAGGCCUACAUGAUCUUUCCAAAAACCUAUGAAGCAAGUUUCAUAUCGUUUAACUCAAAUGGCACCGAGUAUGCUGAUUUCAGCAAAAUUCGAUUUUUGGGUCGAGAACGCAUGGCGAAUGGAACUUUGGAAUUGAAGCUGGAUUUGGACGAUAAAAACUUUUCCGUUUCCGGCGAGAGUUUCCUUGAUUCUACUGGCAGUGGAGAGUACAAGCAGCUUCCCUUCACGAUUCCCAAACAACCGAUCUGCCAGGCUUUGGAAUCAAAUAAAAUUUUCUUUGAGGCCAGCCUGAAGCGUGGAGUCAACACCGACUUUCCAAUCGACACCAACCCGUGUCCCGUGCCGAAGGGGAUCUACUAUUUCAAGGAUGUGCUCGCCAAAACUGACAAUUGGCCGUCCAUAAUGCCGCGAGGAUAUUUCAAGGCCGUGGCCAAGCUUUUCAAGAAUGACGAAUUGGUCGCAGCUCUUGAAAUUGUUGUUCGCAUUACAGACCUUCCUUAGCUAAAAAAAAUUAAUCAUUUUGAUUAACUUGAAGUUAUAUUACAGCUUCUUUAUUCUAAGUAAGCAAACAAGAUAGCGACAAAGUUUUCAUUCCUUUUGAAAUUUUGGUUGACUUAACAAUAAUAAAUAAAGAGUAAAAAAAA